CCCCCUGACGCGCGAUUCGGGGAAUCUUGAUCCCGGCAGCCAGUUCUGGUCGCCGGCGGGUCGGCCCCCCUCUGUCCCCUCUGUGACGUCGCCUUAGCGCUUAUCCGGUUGGCAGAACAGGGACCGCGGCUGCGGCUGGGUCCCGAUGGCGUGGUUCGCGGAUCGUGCCUGGGGCGAAGGAAACAAAUGCAAGAUAAUUUCCUUCCGAGGCUGUCGAUCUGUGAGAUCUGUUGUUGAAGGUGUUGGAACAAACUGAACCAAAAUGGCUGGCGUAGCGCGCACGGCAAGGCAAGCAGCGCCGAUGCUGGCGCGCCAGGCGUGUGCUCGGUCUUCGGCUGUUGCAACGAGCGGGGCUGCGGCGGCGCGGACGUCGAGGGCGGCGUCAGGAUUCAGGUUACACCUCGCUGGAAGGCAGCAUUCUUUUUUCUCACAGUCGGCGACCCGGCGGUCGGUAGCCGCACCUGCGGUUGAUCGGGGCGGUUCGAAGCUGUGGGAGAGCGCUGACGAGGCGGUCGCCGACAUCAAGAGCGGCUCGGUGCUUCUGAGUUCGGGCUUCGGUCUGUGUGGCGUCGCAUCCACGCUGAUCGGGGCCCUCCGACGACGAGGCCCGGAGUCUCUCCACUCACUCACGGCCGUGUCCAACAAUGCCGGCGUCGAAGGGAAGGGCGGGCUGGCUCUCCUGACGGAGAACGGCCAGGUCGACCGCAUGAUCAUGUCGUAUCUGGGCUCGAACAAGACGCUGGAGCGCCAGUAUCUCACCGGCAAAAUCGCCGUCGAGCUGUGCCCGCAGGGGACGCUGGCCGAGAGGAUACGUGCGGCGGGGAGCGGCAUCCCCGCGUUCUUCACCCCCACAGGCGGCCACACGCUCGUGCAAGAAGGCGCGAUUCCCGCCCGCUUCGAUUCUGACGGCAAUGUGGUCGAGUACGGGAAGCCGCGAGAGACGAGGAUAUUCAACGGCCGGACGUAUCUGAUGGAGACGGCGCUGCAUGGCGACGUGGCCAUUCUCCGGGCGUGGAAGGUGGACAAGGCAGGCAAUUGCGUGUUCAGGUACACCACCAAGUCGUUCGCGCCCCUGAUGGCGAAAGCCGCUAAGCUGGCCAUCGUCGAAGCCGAGAACAUUGUGGAGGUUGGUGAGAUCGACCCCAAUGACGUCGACCUUCCUGGAAUCUUCAUCGACCGCAUCGUGCCGGCAACGGAACCCUCGAAAGUGGAGAUCCUCAAGACGCGGUCGGCCGGAGACGGUCAGGGGGCCGCCGGUAGCAAGGGGGAUGCGCAGCUGCGCCGAGACCGCAUCGCACGGCGGGCGGCAAAGGAGCUGAAGCACGGCUUCUACGUCAACCUGGGAGUUGGCAUUCCCACUCUCGCUCCGUCCUUCCUGCCUCCCGGAGAGCGGGUCUGGAUCCAGUCCGAGAACGGCAUCCUCGGCAUGGGCGACUACCCGCUUCCGGACGCUGUUGACCCCGACAUCAUCAACGCGGGCAAGGAGACGACGACGCUGGUGCCCGGCGCGGCCACCUUCGACUCGUCCGAGUCCUUCGCCAUGAUCCGCGGCGGGCACGUCGACGUGUCGAUCCUGGGCGCCCUGCAGGUCAGCGCGGCCGGCGACCUGGCCAACUACAUGAUCCCGGGCAAGGUGUUCAAGGGCAUGGGCGGCGCCAUGGACCUCGUGUCGAACCCGGACAGCACCAAGAUCGUCGUCGCCACCGAGCACGUCGCCAAGGACGGCUCGUCCAAGAUCGUCCAGACCUGCAGCCUGCCGCUGACCGGCGCCCGCGUCGUGAGCACCAUCAUCACGGACUUGGUGAGUUGGCUUCGCUGUGUUCGCGUAGGAAUUCUGGGAAGAGAGAGGUGAGUGGGUGCUGACCUGGUGCUUUGCAGUGCGUGUUCCAGGUCGAUCGCAAGCGGGGGACCCUCACGCUGACUGAGAUUGCGCCGGGCGUGGACGUGGAGGAGGUACGGAGCAAGACGGACGCGACGUUUACUGUGGCGGACGAUCUCAAGGUCAUGGAGUGAGAGAGCUUUUUGUUGGGGUAAUACGGAGUUCUUCAUGUUCGGGGACUAUGAUUCUAGCAUCUUGCGCAGGGGCAGGCAUACACUGCUGGCAGCAAUUAUUGA